AAAUCUCAACCCUGGGUUUACUAACACGGGUGCAUACUCCACGGAUAUCACCUGGUUGUCACAGUUAUCUUCACUUGUGCACCUGGACCUGAGCUGCACGAACCUUAGUACAAUUGUUCACUGGCUUCCGGUGGUGAACAUGCUUCCAUCUCUAAAAGUUCUAUGUCUUAGCACUUGCGAUCUUAGAAGUAGCUCGGGUCCACUUCAGCUUACAAAUCUGACUUCUCUUGAAACACUUGACCUUUCUGCCAAUUACAUCCAUGCACGUAUCACACCCAACUGGUUUCAUGGUUUGACUAGACUUAAAUAUCUAGAUAUCUCACGGAAUGGUUUCUAUGGCCCAUUUCCGGACGAAAUUGGUAAUAUGACUUCCAUAGUAUGGCUUGAUUUAUCACAAAAUAGCCUUGUGGGCAUGAUACCAUCAAACUUGAAGAGCCUGUGUAGCUUGGAAGAAUUCAUUGUAUAUGGAAACAACAUCAAUGGAACCAUAACAGAAUUCUUCCAACGCUUGCCUAGUUGUUCAUGGGAUACAUUGAUAAACUUGAAUCUACCUUUCAGCAAUUUGACAGGAAGCCUACCAACCAAACUAGAACCUUUAAGGAAUCUGAUCCACCUUAAUCUAGCUGGUAACAAUCUCACUGGUGUUGUGCCACUAUGGAUAGGUGAGCUCACAAAGCUAACUAAAUUGGACCUGAGCUACAAUAACCUACAUGGUUUCAUACAUGAAGGUCACUUAUCAGGUUUACAAAGCUUGGAGAUGUUGUUAUUCAAUAAUAACUCCAUAGCCCUCGCGAUGAAUUCAACAUGGAUUCCUCCUUCCAACCUAACAGAUGUUGGACUUUGGUCAUGCAUUCUCGGGACUAAUUUUCCACCGUGGCUUAGAUGGCCAACACGUCUAGACCUUCUUGACAUCUCAAACGCAGGCAUAUCUGACACAGUGCCGGAAUGGUUUUGGAUAACGGCUUCCACGUUGACUUCUCUGAAUAUGUGACAGAAUAGAAUUAGAGGUCAUUUGCCAUCUACAAUGGAAUUUCUGAGAGCAAUUACAAUUGAUCUCAGUUCUAACCAGUUCAAUGGCCCAAUACCUAAGCUUCCCAAUAAUUUGACUAACUUGGAUCUUAGUAGAAAUAAUUUCGUCGGGCCACUACCAUUAGACUUUGGAGCACCAAAUCUAGAAGCACUUAUUCUAUUUGACAACUCCAUCUCUGGCACCAUUCCGUCUUCUUUGUGCAAAAUUCGAUCAUUGUGUCUAUUGGAUAUCUCCAAUAAUAUGCUAACUGGACCAUUUCCUAACUGCUCCUAUGAUACAUCCACACCAAACAACACAAGCAUGAAUAUCUUAAUCUAAGCUUGAGAAACAACAACCUCUCUGGUGAGUUUCCUUCCUUUCUCCAAUACUGCAAGGAGCUCGUCUUUCUUGAUCUUGGUCAGAACCAUUUCUUUGGGACUUUGCCAACAUGGAUUUGGGAGAAGAUUCCAUAUUUGGCGUUCUUACGGCUGCGUUCAAAUAUGUUUUAUGGUAACAUUCCAGAGGAGCUUACGAAGCUAGUGAAUCUUCAGUAUUUGGACCUUGCCUACAAUAACAUAACAGGAAGCAUACCCAAAUCUAUUGUUAACUGCAAGAGGAUGAUAACAAGAGAUGACGGCGGUGGUGGUGAUUUCGAUGAUGCUUUAAAUUGGCAAUCAACAACUGCUCUUAAUGCCUUGAUCAGCUAUACCGAGAAUUCCACAGUUGUCACAAAGGGUCAAGAGAGAUUAUAUACAGGAGAGAUCAUAUAUAUGGUGAAUCUUGAUUUAUCUUGUAAUAAUCUUAUUGGAGAUAUUCCCGAAGAAAUCAGCACUCUUGUCGGAUUGAAGAAUCUGAAUUUAUCAUGGAACAGCUUUAGUGGAAACAUUCCUGAGAAUAUUGGCGCCCUGGCACAGGUGGAGUCGCUGGACUUGUCACACAAUGAGUUGUCUGGCGAAAUCCCUACAAGCUUAUCGGCUCUGACAUCAUUAAGUCGCUUGAACCUGUCCUAUAACAAUCUGACAGGACAUGUACCAUCAGGAGAUCAACUGCAAACACUUGAGGAUCCAACUAGUAUUUAUAUUGGCAACCCAGGCCUAUGCGGUCCUCCUCUCUUACAGAAAUGCUCAAAAACCGAGCCAAUCCCAGCUACUCGAGAACACCAUGAAGAUUUAAACGAUGAGGUAUCGUUUUUCAUCGCUAUGGGUUCUGGAUAUGUAAUGGGUCUCUGGGUAGUCUUUUGCGCCUUCUUGUUCAAGAGGAAAUGGCGAGUUAAGUGGUACUCCAUCUGGGACAGGUUGUGUGAUUGGGUCUAUGUGCAAGUGGCCGUUACAUGGGCUUCCUGGACUAGAAAAAAAACCACAGAAGCUGAGAACGAUCGCUAGCUCACGCUGGUUCUCCAUUUUCUACCAUGUAGGGUGUGGGGAUUUAUAGUAUUGUACUACUAUUUUUCACAGAUAUGUAUUUGAGGAUUGUGCCUUAGAAUAAGGAUUGGGCAUGUAAAGUUGAUGUGUAAUGAAUAAUGCCAGGGGCAGCACCAAGUCCCCUGUUCCGGGUGUGUGUGUUUCAAUCUGUGAAGUUAACUGGUGGCCAAAGUUUGCAACGGUUGUCGGCGUGCGUGCCGAAGUUUUAAGCUAGUACCACAAAUUAAGGUUGUAUAAGGUGAACAGCCACAGGCAGCAGCCUUUGGCUGGGUUUGCGCACGCAGACCUAACUCGACACUUUCAUUCGCUGCACUAUACUGGGCGCAGAGACAUUUUC